AUGCGCAGGAAGGACCGAAGCUUUCAGCGGCUCCACUUUCUUGGUCAGCAAUUCUCCAACCGGAGCCAUGAUCACUCCUGCCUCUUUGCCUUCGCCAGCGCACGGGGGACCAUCGCCUCCUCCUCCUCCCUGCCGUGCAGCUUUGGAUCAGCCCUGCUGCCGGAUUCCCCUCCCCCCGCGCCGCAGGAGGGGGAGGAGUCGUCCCCGCUGCCGACAAGGGAGGCAGCCGGUUCCGCGACAGCAGCCGGCAGCCCCACGCUGGAGAGCACAUCCAGCCCUCCUGCGCCGCAGCCUGAAGCUGAUUCAUCAGCAGCGGCGCCCGCAGCACCGGCCAGGGAUGCCCCCCCCCGCCGGCUCUGCCACCUCCAGCCGGCCCAGCUCCCAUCCGGGAUGCGAGCUAUGGCACUGAAGAUCUUCAGCCCGCCUGGCCGCCCCCGGCUGCCCCGCCCCAUGCUGUUUCCCUCGGGUUGCCCGGGAACACGGACAGCACUGAGCAUCAACAGCCUGUCCCUCAGUGGGGGCGUGCCCUCGCAGCAGGGCGCCGGCCCGACUGUGCUGUGA